UGCGUGCGCUCCUCUCCUCUGCUCUCGUGCGUACUGGAAGCAGUGGCCGCGGCGGCUCCCUCCGGCCGUGCAAACCCAGCCGCCGCCAGCGGAACGGCAGACGCUGCGGAGGGGAGAAGCUCCUCUCUCGGCUGCCAACCCCUCCCCCAGCCUUCCGGGGAAGCAGCGACUUCAGCAAGAUUGGACCCGGGCACCGGGUGGCACUGAACCCUCUAGCCUUCGCCCCAGGGAGCCUGGCGGGGAGAGGACGCAGGUCGUAGGGCCCCCACCCGCCCCCGGGGAAGAGGAAGAGACAGCCCCUCUCGAGCUUCCACGCACCAGCCACUCCGGGGAGGGGGCCAAGAGCCAACGGCCAGCACCCGGCACCCUCGCCCCCUCCCCCCGGGCCCGGACUUCCAGCCCGUGUCCGCGACACCAGGAAGAAGGCGCCUGAGCUACCCUCGCGACGAGACAGCCGCAGUAGGAGGUGGGGGCGAGAAGCAGGCUGAACUCGUCCGCCGCCCGGGCGGUGGAGCCCCCGCGGAGAGGCGCUGCGCCGGCGGUGGAGACUCGCGCUCCCUCCAGCCCCUGGGGCAGAACUUUCUCGCCCCCCCCUCCCCCGCAGCCGGACUCCCUCCCCAGCCGGCCAGCCCUCCCGGAGAAGAAGGCGCCGCAGAGACUGCCCGGGAGGGGGCCUACCUUCCCCAGGGCCGGCAUCAUGUCGGCGGCGCAGGUGUCCUCGUCCCGGAGACAAUCUUGCUACCUGUGCGACCUGCCCCGCAUGCCAUGGGCCAUGAUAUGGGACUUCUCGGAACCCGUAUGCCGCGGUUGCGUCAACUACGAGGGCGCCGAUCGCAUCGAGUUCGUGAUCGAGACCGCUCGCCAGCUGAAGCGGGCGCACGGCUGCUUUCAGGACGGCCGCUCCCCCGGGCCGCCGCCGCCCGUCGGGGUCAAGACGGUGGCCCUGUCGGCUAAGGAGGCGGCGGCAGCGGCAGCGGCAGCCGCUGCGCAGCAGCAGCAGCAACAGCAGCAGCAGCAGCAGCAGCAACAGCUCAACCACGUCGAUGGUUCCAGCAAGCCUGCGGUGCUGGCGCUCAUGUCGGUGGCAGACACUCUGGGCACGGCGCACUCGCCCAAGGACGGCAGUUCCGUGCACUCCACCACUGCGUCCGCACGGCGCAACAGCAGCAGCCCAGUGUCGCCGGCCUCCGUACCCGGGCAGCGCCGGUUGGCAUCACGGAAUGGGGACCUGAAUUUACAGGUGGCGCCCCCACCGCCUAGCACCCACCCAGGCAUGGACCAAGUGCACCCCCAAAACAUUCCGGAUUCCCCUAUGGCCAACAGCGGGCCCCUCUGCUGUACCAUUUGCCACGAACGUUUGGAGGACACACAUUUCGUUCAGUGCCCAUCCGUCCCCAGCCACAAAUUCUGCUUCCCUUGCUCUAGAGAGAGUAUCAAGGCCCAGGGGGCCACUGGCGAGGUGUACUGCCCCAGCGGAGAGAAAUGUCCCCUAGUUGGAUCGAAUGUACCUUGGGCCUUCAUGCAGGGCGAAAUCGCAACGAUCUUAGCUGGGGAUGUUAAAGUGAAAAAGGAGAGAGACCCUUGAACCAGAAGACAGCCACCUCCUUUGCCCCACCAGCUCCUCUCCCGUCCAGAGGGCCCCUCCCCCACCCACAUCGACCCUCUUAUCCCUCACCCCCAAGAUGUAGAAUUGUGAAUAUAACAAACUGCAAAAAGUUAGUCUUAUGUAUAGACAUUAUUUUCGUCGUAUGUUUCUAUAUUUUGAAACAAAGGUAUGUAACUUCUUCAUUUGAAGGAUAAACUGGUUUGUGUUAAGCAGUAUAAUAUUGGUUGGGUCAUUUGCAUCAUAUUCGUUAGCAUUUAUUGGUGGCAGAGUGUUUGCCUAGGUACAGAAUUAAUAGCCCUUAGCAACGACUGCUGCUGGUGUGUAUUUUUGUAAAUGUUAUGCACUCACUGAAAGGAAAAACACAAAAGAAAAUGACUUUUUGUUUUGUUUUGUUUUGCCAAGGCCAGUGUUGCUGCCUAAAAAAAUUGAUGCUAUAAAGUGGUGAGAGCUUCUUUCUAAACAGCCCCAAGUGUUGAAGUCUUCACUUUAUUUUGUUCUGUUCUGUUCUGUUCUGUUUUCUGUUUCGUUUGCAAAAUGGUAAGGGGGGGUAUGGGGGGGCGGGUGUUUUUUUGUUGCAAGUUUUGUGAGGGAAAAUGUUUUGGUUUGUUUCUACUGACCUGGAUGUGUUGGAUCUUCACGUGUUGUUUUGUUUUUGCUUUAUUGAUGCACGGAUGCUUUUGAACAGUAGAGCGAAAUGCUAGACAUGGAGAAUCUGCUCUGUUUGUCCUUUAUACAUUUCUGUAGUUAACAGAACACUGUAAUGUGCCUUGGAGCUUAGUAAGUUGUAAUAAAUUCAAUUGAUAUUAAUUCUG